UCCCAGUUGGAACGAAGUAAUGAAAGCAAUCUUGACAGGACGCCAGCUCAAGCACAAAGACGGAGGGGUGCGCGCGAGCGCGCGCUGUGUCUUUAAAAGGCCGCGGCCUCUGCCUGCUCGCUCGCUCGCGUUCAGGGCGGCCGUGAUUGACACCGAGAGGAGGCGUCUGCUGGUAACAAAAGUCUGCGGCGUAGGAGGGAGCGCGCGUGUGUUUGGAGAACAAAUCUGGUAACAAGUGGCCGAGGUUCUCCGCCAGGGGGAGGAGGGAAGCUCCGAGAGCAGCCCGAAGGAGCGCUGACGAGGAGGACUGCCAGUGCCUGCCUGCCCGCCACUCCCCAGCAGCCAGCCCGACAGAAGCGACACCGAGCGUGUAUGUGUGGGUGGCUCUGCUUUGGGCUCCAUCAGCUUCCCUUUUCCCUGUCCGGUUUGUGGAUUACGUUCGGGGCGGCGGCUGCUGUCCCCUCGUUGUCGCCUUCCGCCUCCUCCUGGAUUUCAAGUUUGCUUACAUCUUUCAUAUAAAAAGACUUAAAAAAAAAAAAAUCAUCGACGGGAAAGGAAAGUCUUGCCGGAUAUAAACGCUCCCGUUAUCCGUGAUCUCUUUCUUUCUCCGUCUUCUGUAUUGUUCUCUUUGUCUAUCUCCUUACUCCCCACAAAAAGAGGGGGGGGGGAAUCCUUCGGCUGUGGUUCGACAUGGUGGGUGUUGGGAGGACGAGGAGAAGAGCAUGAAGUCUGCAGGAUGGGAGCGAACAAUGGCAAGCAGUACGGCAGUGAUGAGGAUUGCUGUCUGAAGAACCACCUCUUCUUCCUCCUCUUCUUCUUCCUCUUCCUCCUUCACAACAUCAGUGAGCCUCUUAGGAGCUUCCAUACUGUGAGAUAAUGCGAGAGGGGGCUUGAAAACUGCUACUUGGGUAAAGGCAGCUCAAGCAUCUCAUCCGACGUGAGUUCAAGUACAGAUCACACACCAACCAAAACGCAGAAGAAUGCCGCUACCAGUGAAGAUUCCGACCUGAGUAUGCGCACCCUCAGCACGCCCAGCCCAGCAUUAAUAUGCCCACCAAAUCCACACAGCUUCCAGAAUGGCAGAGCGUCCUCCACAUCUUCCUCUUCAGUCACUGGGGAGACCAUUGCAAUGGUUCACUCACCUCCCCCAACCCGCCUCACUCACCCUCUCAUCCGGUCUGCCUCCCGGCUUCAGAAGGAACAAGCUAAUAUAGAUCGGCUGCCUGACCAAUCCAUGAUCCAGAUUUUUUCUUUUUUGCCAACCAACCAGCUGUGCCGCUGUGCCCGUGUGUGCCGUCGGUGGUAUAAUCUUGCUUGGGACCCACGUCUUUGGAGGACUAUUCGCCUGACAGGCGAGACAAUCUAUGUGGACAGGGCUCUGAAGGUGCUGACUCGGCGACUGUGUCAGGACACACCAAACGUCUGUCUCAUGUUGGAGACGGUAAUUGUUAGUGGCUGCAGGCGGCUCACAGACAGAGGACUCUACACCAUCGCUCAGUGCUGUCCAGAACUGAGGCAGUUAGAGGUGUCCGGUUGCUACAACAUUUCCAAUGAAGCAGUCUUUGAUGUGGUGUCGCUGUGUCCAAACCUGGAGCACUUGGAUGUGUCAGGUUGUUCCAAAGUGACCUGCAUCAGUUUAACCCGUGAAGCCUCCAUCAAGUUGUCUCCUUUCCAUGGUAAACAGAUUUCUAUCCGCUACCUAGACAUGACCGACUGCUUUGUCCUGGAGGAUGAAGGACUGCACACCAUUGCUGCCCACUGCACUCAGUUGACUCACCUCUAUCUGCGCCGCUGUAUCCGCAUCACUGAUGAAGGCCUCCGCUACCUGAUGAUUUACUGCACGUCCAUCAGGGAGCUGAGUGUGAGCGACUGCCGCUUUGUCAGUGAUUUCGGCAUGCGUGAGAUCGCAAAGCUAGAGUCACGGCUGCGGUACCUCAGCAUUGCCCACUGUGGCCGCAUAACUGAUGUUGGCAUCCGUUACAUCACCAAGUACUGCAGCAAGUUGCGCUACCUCAAUGCGCGGGGCUGUGAGGGCAUCACGGACCAUGGAGUAGAGUACCUUGCCAAAAAUUGCACAAAACUGAAGUCACUAGAUAUUGGGAAAUGCCCGCUGGUCUCAGAUGCUGGCUUGGAGUUUCUGGCUCUGAACUGCUUCAACUUGAAGCGACUGAGCCUGAAAUCAUGUGAAAGCAUCACUGGACAAGGCCUGCAGAUUGUAGCAGCGAACUGUUUUGACCUGCAGAUGCUGAAUGUGCAGGACUGCGAUAUCUCAGUGGAAGCCUUGCGCUUUGUUAAACGCCAUUGCAAGCGCUGUAUAAUAGAGCACACCAACCCCGCCUUUUUCUGAAGCAACUCUUGUGGACAAGAGCAAAAUGUUUUUUAAAACCUCUGUAUGUACAUGGACGCACACUGUUCUUAUAAAGCAACUGUACCUUCUCUGUGCCUGGGAUAGAAAAUGUAGACCUUAGCAUCUACUUGUGGUUCCUAAGGCACCUUUUAGUGGCCUUGUUCAAAUCUUCAGACUGCCAGCAUUUGCUAUUUUAAAUACAUACCUCUCUAGCUUU